CGACGAUUUAAGUCGUCCUUCGAUUCCGACAGCCUUAAGGCGAUCGCGCUCCUCCGUUCUUGUUCUCAUGUGAUGAUUCGGGUCUCUUUCACGACCUCAGAUCUCGGUUAUCGCUGCUGGGUUCGAAGGUUUCGGAGAGGGCCCGGGAACCUUGUUUUGGUGGCAACUUCGGUUUCAUUGGUGCUGGAUCUUGCAAUGUUGGAGCUGUCGCCGAGUUUGUUCUGAGGCUUGCGACACUACGUGGACUUCUGAUUCUCUUUGACCGUAUCAAUUGCAGUUGUUUGCCUUUGAAGCCGGAGGUCUGAGAUACGAGGAUUUCUUUCAUAAAUUGUGAGAAAAUGGCUGAAUGUUGUGAGGGGUCUUUUAGAUAUGAUGAGAGGAAAGAAAGGAGAUCUGAUGUAGAGAAUUCUGAAGAUGAGAGGAGGAGAACGAAAAUUGGAUCUCUUAGGAAAAAAGCGUUGCAUGCCUCCACUAAAUUCACUCAUUCUCUAAAGAAACGAGGCAAGAGGAAAGUUGAUUACAGGGGUGCUUCAUUUUCAAUUGAGGAUGUCAGAGAUGCUGAAGAGGAGCGAGCAGUCCAUUCGUUUCGCCAAGAACUCAUUGCCAACGCUAAAUUGCCUAAAAAACAUGAUGAUUAUCAUACGUUGCUCAGAUUCCUCAAAGCUAGGAAAUUUGACUUUGAGAAAGCAAUGCAGAUGUGGGCUGAGAUGCUUCAAUGGAGAGAGGAAUUUGGAACAGACUCAAUUCUGGAGGACUUUAUAUUCGAAGAGUUGGAGGAGGUUUUGCACUAUUAUCCUCAGGGUUACCAUGGAGUUGACAAGGAGGGAAGGCCUGUCUAUAUUGAGAGGCUUGGGAAAGUUGAGCCCAAUAAGCUUAUGCAAAUAACUACAAUAGAUCGCUACUUAAGAUAUCAUGUGCAAGAGUUUGAGAGAGCCCUGCAUGAGAAAUUUCCUGCAUGCUCUAUUGCUGCCAAACGGCAUAUUGGUUCAUCGACGACAAUAUUAGAUGUACAUGGUGUGGGCUUGAAGAAUUUCAGCAAGACAGCAAGGGAUCUCUUGCUCCACAUGCAUAAGAUAGAUGGUGAUUACUAUCCUGAGACACUACACCAAAUGUUCAUAGUUAAUGCUGGCCAUGGUUUUAAGCUUCUCUGGAACACUGUAAAAGGAUUCCUUGAUCCCAAAACAACUUCAAAGAUGCAUGUACUAGGCACAAGAUAUCAGAGUAAACUUCUUGAAGCAAUUGACUCAAGCCAAUUGCCAGAAUUCCUAGGUGGUUCAUGUACUUGCUACAAUGAGGGAGGAUGUCUCAGGUCUAAUAAAGGACCAUGGAAUGACCCAGUUAUCAUGAAGAUUGUAAAUAGUGUUGGAGCAGCAUUUACUUGGGAAAUUGGGCAGGUACCCGAUGGAGAACAGACCAAUGCCUCUUAUCCCAGGCGACAUCCAUUAAAGAGAAGAAAUAGUGAUACAUCAACAGCUGAUUCUGGAUCUGACGCUGAUGAUCUUGGUUCUCCAGUCAUUUCUAGAACUGCUGAAUAUACACAUUUAGCUCCGGUUCAUGAAGAAGUCAGAGCAGCAGAUUCCACCGCUUACUACAAUUGCAAUGACCAUUUUGUGUCAGUUCCUACACCUGUGGAAUCUGGUGGAGAAGGAGAAAGAUAUGCUGCGAUGUCAUCCAAUGAAGUAAAAGAUCAUUGUUGUGCUUUUGCUACCAUAAAAUUACAUUCACCAGGAAAAUUCUCCACUGAUGGGCACAAUGCUGUCAAAGAUGCUUUAGAAGAAGGAAAAUUGCAAUAUUUUGCUAGGGCAGUAAUUGCAUUUUUGAUAAAAGUUCUAUCCUUCUUUCACAUCUUCCGAUCUAGACCAGACAGGAGAUUGGAAAAUGUUCAUCCAUCAGAUGCAUUGAGCUUGAUUCCUGAUAACAAUUCGACCACGGAAGCUGCCAAGGAAGAUAAAGUCACUCCUUUGAUUGAACGUCUUGAGAAGCUCGAGUCCAUGUUGAAUGAACUCAGUAGAAAACCUGCAGAGAUUCCACAGGAGAAAGAGCAUGCAAUUCGGGAAUCAAUGAACAGGAUUAAAAGUGUUGAGUUUGAUCUUCACAAGACAAAUAAGGUCCUGCAGGCAACUCUGAUGAAGCAAUUGGAGAUUGAGGCAACUUUAGAAACUUUAAACGGCAAAAGUAUUGGGAGAAGGAAAUUUUGUUGAUACUUAAAGUAUCUUUAUCCAAUCAGAUGUCUAGAAGAGAUACUUCGAAAUUGGGGUUGGAAUCAAAAUGAUAUACUUCCUGUGGUAUAUCUUUAUAUAUAUAUAUAUAUAUAUAUAUAUAUAUAUAUAUAUAUA